GAAUACACAAAAUGGAAGCUGGAUGUCAGUUUGUCUAUUGCUUAAAAGAAACUGUUGCUUUAAAUGAGAUUCUUAUAUGUUUGCAGAAACUUUGAUUUUAGUAGCAAUUAAGGAAGUUAGUCUAGCUUUACAGUAUUUCAUAGACUGUGGUUAGCUAGUAUCCUAUAGAAAAGGGAAGUCUAAAGUAUGUUGAAGGUAAAAGUAUAUUUUUAAUGUAACAGUCAUAAUCACAAGAUGCUGAGCUAAUUAAUUGGAAAUCCCCCAUAAGGGGAGUUUAUAAAUUAUAAUAUAUUCUGAUAUUUGAAAUGUAAUUGGUCUAUGUAUAUGAUUGGCUUGUUAAUUUGAGUAGAUCAUGUAAUGCUAUGAUGAAAGUAUAUAAGAUGAAAUCAACGUGUCAAUGUGCAGUUCAUGAUAUUCUUUUAUCGUGAGCCCUGUGAACUUCACAAUGCAAUAAAUCUACCAAAGAGACUUCAUUGUUCUUCAAUUAUUUUACAUGACCAUAUCAUUUUGGAGGUCUGUGCCACCGAGAUCAACCCAACAUUGACACACGAAGAAGGAAGGUGGGCUGGAGCCGGGACACCUGAAUCAACAGUGGCCACAGGUAAGAGCUGUUAUCUUACUUCUGCUCCAUGUGUCCCUGCCUCGGUCUGCUGACUUUGUGUGUUAUUGUUGGCUUGUAACUCCUUGAAGUCUUUUUGGAGAUUGUGAGUAUGGAACCAAAAUGAUUUUAACUGCAUUUUAUUACCAGAUGCAGUGAUUAGUAUAGAGUGUUAAGAUUGUAAUUUCUGUCAUUAUCAUAUUUAAUGAUUUUAUGGGAUCUUUUGCCUGCCAUAUCUUGCUAAAUUAAGCGUGAAGUCUGUGAGUGAUUAUGAGUGUGAUUGGCCGAGGCUUUACGCCGGCAGAUUCUGGACAGGGCCCAGGUAGGAGAGAGGCUCCGGUUAAACUCUCCUAUGCUGGAUAGUAUCAGGGAUACUCACCCACUGUGAAAAGCACCUUGUACACUAUAAGGCCAAGCUUAGCAGAGUGUGGAACACGUGUGCCUGUUCAGAGCCGUGGCACCUGACGAGGUGGUGAGGUUUCCUAAGUGGAGUAAUAUCUCUCUAAACAAGGGGAGCGUCCCUGUUUACCAUUGUAUUGGACAUUGAGGCUGGACUGUAAAAUAAAGAUUAGCCAUUACAAUGGGUCAAGAGAUGUCCACACCGAAGGGCUCUUCUAUGUUAGAGAUCCCGCACGGCAGUCCAGCGAGUGUGAUGUAUCAGAGACAUGGGAGUGUGGCUGUGAAAUUUCUCAGGAGAUGGCAUGCAAAAUACCUUGAUAGAUCAUUCAUAGGAACCUUUAGCAUAGACAAGUGGAUAGAAUUAACUAAAUUAAGGGAAAAAGGCUGAAGAAUGGAAGGUAUAUACAUUAUGGCUAGAAACAUCUCGUUAUAUUCCCCCUUCUGCCUAUUUAGCACAGAUAUCAUUGUUUAGAGAGAAAUGAAGACAAUGAAUGUGUUCCACUUAAAAAGGGAAAGGAAAAAAAAAAAAGGGUGCAAAUUAUGCCAACAUACACCCAGAUAACAUGACUGCAACUGGAAUUACAUGAAGUAAGGUAGCACAGCAACAAACACUUUUACGUGCUCCACUAAGAGUAGUAACUACUGAUGAGGGAAAGUUAUGGUCAAUCCAUGUGCCCUGGACCCUAGAAAAAUUUAACCAUUAUAGGAGAAAGCCAAAGUAAGUUAAUCAAGCUAGUACGGCUGUAUAAGACACAUUCAUUUACACAUAGUAAUAUGGUACAAUUGUUUACUGGUUUAUUAACAACUGAAGAAUAAAAGGCACUCACUAAAGAAGAAGGGUGAGAAAACAUCCAUUUCAAACACACAGGAUACAAAUAGAGUAAGAAAAGAUGUUUCUCAGAGACCUACAGAGAAAACAUACCAGAGAUUAUUGGGUAAGGUUCAAACCAGAAGUACAAAAUUAUGGACAAAUAAAAGAGAUAUUUGAUCACAAGAAACCUUUUACAAUGUUGACCAUUGCUUUUGUUGAGGGUCUUAGAUUGCAUAUCAAAAAUUGGUUGACCAUUAAUGAUCUACUGUGGCGCACACAAGUCCCAGAGGAUUUGACAACCUUAGCAGUACACCAUGAAGAUAACUUGGUGUUCAAUAAAGUUAGAAACAAGUUAAAGUUGCUGAAGUCACUGGUAAUAUGGCUGGGUGGGCAACAGAAAGGUACCACCCCUAGACAUAGACCGUUUCAGCGUGAAACAGGCAGGUGUCCAGUCUGAUCAACUGGAUACUUGCGCUGUCGAGCUGAAAUUGUUUGUUAAUUCUGUAGAAACCAACUGCAGAUAAUACGUUGUUAAUUUGACCUGCAGACCGUGCUGGGCAGGACAGUUCCAGAGAAGAAUAAAAUAUAUUAGUUUUUAAUUAAGGCAUAUAAUGUAAUUUCACCUCAUAUUGUAUAGCAAACCAUGCUAACAGAAAUCCCUGCAAAGCAAAAUAAUAAUAAUAGCAGCUCUACUAACUUGUCAGAAAACUCGGCAUGACACUGUGGCACGCCUACCAGAAUGGGAACUGGUACUCAUUAUUUCUACCACCAUUACCCUGGUCAAAUGUAAUAUUUUGAAGUCUGCUACUUUACAAAUGGUUAAUGAAACUGAUGGGUUUCAGAGAGAGGAAUGGAGGGAGGAAAGUGUAACCCCUCGUGCUUGCUUAACAUACCCUGACUAAGCUGAUAAUAACUGCCAAGGUAGCAGCACGAAAAUAAAUUGUAAUAAAAAUGUUUACAUGUUUACUAAAGAUAUAUGUAUACUAAAUGAACAAACAUUAAUCAAAAUGCAAAAAGCUUGUUAUUUACAGGAAAGGACUAAAGAGGGAAAAUGCAAUGAAGGCUUGUGGCACAGCUCUGAAGGUAAAACUGUUGCCCCAAAAUCACUCUUGCCAGCAUUGGCACAGAUGUCCCAUGGACUGACCCAUGCAGAGGAAUGCUGGAAGAACAGUUAAGACUAUACCUUCACAUCUUCCCCAGACAACUGGUCCUUUCCAAGUUAUACAAAUUGAUGUCAUUCAGCUUCCAAAGGUUAGGAUGUUUUAGCAUAUAUUGGUUUGUGUAGACAGGUUCAGUGGCUAGGUAGAGCAUCAAGUCCAGCACAGAAAUUGGUACAGGAAUUUAUAGGUAUACCAUAUGUGAUAUGGUAUAGCAUAUGUGAUAUAAUCUAACCAAGGCAUACAUUUUAUGGGACUAGUGUUUAAAAAGAUGUGCCAACCAGCAGCAAAAUUGAACAUUGCAACGGGACUAUUAAAAAUAAGCUGGCCAAAAUAUGUAAAGAAACCAGCUUGCAGUGGCCAGAAACUUUGCCAUUAGUGUUGCACUCGAUCAGAACAACACCAAGGGGGGAGUUGAACAUUUCUCCGUAUGAAAUACUGUUUGGAAAAUUGCCCAAUGUUGCUAUUGCACCCGCAUAUGAACUCAGUAAAACAAAUGAUUUAACUGUGAACUAUCUUAUUUCAUUAAGCAACCAGCUAAAGAAGAUCCAAGCUACUGUGACCAGCACACAACCAAUCCCUGUGGAAGGUGCUUGUCAUAAUCUACAUCCUGGUGAUGAGGUGAUGGUCAGAAAUUUCCUGAGAUCGGGCUCGCUGACAGACCGGUGGGAAGGACCUUAUCAAGUCUUGUUGACAACCCCAACUGCUGUUAAGAUAAAGGAGAAGACUUCGUGGAUCCACUCCACCCACUGCAGAAAAGUCACGCCUCCUGAGACAGCACAUGUGGAAAAUAUUCUCCAAGACUCCUCUGCACUUCACCAGUAAAACCAGCAAGUGAGUGGUUCGGGCAUAAUAAUCCCUUGAGCCACUUGCCAACGCAGUAUCUCUGUGGAGGGUACAUAACUCCUAGAAGAGUACUGUGAAGAUCAAAGGACAACAAAGACAAUGCUAAACAGGAUGAUGCUGAUAGGCCAAAGGCCAGACCGUGGACUAUGGGGGUGCAUUCUCUCAUGGGCAUGUCUGAUUACAAUCAUACUCAUUGUGCUUGAGUGUUGUAUAUACAUUCCAGGGUCUGUUAACAAUGUGACCAGUCAAACAGGUAAUGUAACAUCUUACAAUGAAGCGUUAUUCAAGACACGUGUGUGUAGGGCCUUACAAAAGAAUAAUUAUGGAGGAGAAUUUACAGGUAAUUCCAUGAUAGCAAUGCACAGUAAAAUUGCAAAGGCUCUCAACACAAGCAAAUGUUGGAUUUGUACCCACCUACCCAUCAGUGUAGAUGCAGGUAUACCCCUCCUGGCUCAUUACAUAAGCACAGCUGACAUGAUAGACAGAGAUUGGUCCUGCCAUAAGCGAAAGAAUGGUAGUCGAAGUUGUGCCAAUAAGACACCUAAAGUACAGAAUAUAGUAGACUUCCCAUAUUUGGAUGUCUUAGACGCAGGCUUGCUGUAUGCGCCCGCUCUGCAGGUAUCUGCAGCCAAAGGGAAACCUGAAUUCUGCUUAAGUGUUAAUGAAAAGUCCCACCCAUAUGUGUACAAGGAAAAAAUAUUACAGGUAAAAAGCCCAAACCUAGGGUACACUAACUAUACUGGAGCCACAUUUGUAGUUCAAAGUUCAAAAAAGUGUACACUAAAAACCCUCAAAACCUGUUGGCAUUCCAUAGAUGCAAAUGGGGCAUUAACACCUAACGAUACUUUAUACCAACUACAGAAAAAGGUGUACACUUGAUAACAGCACAUGUGGAGAUGCCAAUGGUAAUAACACAGGGUACUUUAUGAUAUAUAUAGGACUCAUUUACACUAAAGUACUUGGAAUGCCUCUGCCUAAGGGUAUGUAUUGGGUUUGUGGAAAAUGGGCAUACUCAUGGAUUCCCUUAGGUGCUAAAGGACAAUGUGUACUCUCCUCAGUAUUCCUAUAGAGCAUGACUUGGUGCCAAGUGACCUGACAUAUUUAAGACAUCUCAGUAAAAGAGAAGUAAAAAAAGGAUAUGUAUCUUUCAGAUUUUCUGAUGCUGAACGUACGGCUGGAACUUUGUUUCCUCUGUCCACUAUCUAUUUGGUGGAAAAAGUUGUGUCCCAAACCUUAACGGUACUAGAUCAGAUGGUAGGGGAAUUGGUAGUUUCAAUCAAUCAGACAGUGGAAGAGCUGGCUCAAGUAAGAAAAGUGGCUUUACAAAAUAGGAUGGCACUGGAUCAGCUGUUGGCAGCAGAAGGGGGCACGUGUGCAGUGGUAGGACAAGAAUGUUGUACUUAUAUUGAAGAUCACAGAGCUGAAAUAAGUGCUCAUCUGAGCAAGGUGGGAGAGUUGCAGCAGGAAAUGAUAAGGUUAGGUGCUAGUGAAGGUUGGGAUCCACUUGGAUGGCUAGGAGGAAAUAUUGCAAAGCUUUUUUCUGGAGUAUUGCAGUACAUUGUGUUUGCUGCACUGAUUGUAGGAAUCAUAUAUCUUACCAUCAAGUGUGGACCAGUAGUCUGUGUACAAUGUGGUAAAGGAUUUAAAAGGUUGAAAGUGCACCAUGAAAUGACCAUUGUGGUGGUAGAUGAUGAGGUUCCACUAGAACAGGUGACUCAGGGAACAAGUCAGGGGCAGCAGGAAAGACAGGUGGUAUAUGCUGACAUGAGCAAAUCUUAUGAAAGUUUACAACUCCAGGAAGCUGAGCCCAUAUACCAGGCUUUAGAGGAGGAUCAGGCAGGUAGGGAAAGUACACAGCUUGUUAAUUUUACUUAUGGACUGGAUAACAGGGUAGAAAUGAAUCAGGAUGAGUAUGUUAGACAUGAAAUACAAGCGAGUUUCACCUAACUGUGUCAACACCCUCUUAGCCAACACCAGAAGGUUCCUAUAAAAAGAACAGGGAUUCCCGUCCAGUGCGGUGAGCAUUGGCGCCAGGCCCAUCCCCGUGAACCUACCUUUUUCCUAUGUUGUGCGUCUACCUAACCCUCAUUAAAAAUUGUGAAAUUGAACCUUCUGAUUUGUGUAUUAGAGUGCCAAGUAUAUUGGCAGAGAGAGGAAUGAUAUAGAUAAGUGAAUACACAAAAUGGAAGCUGGAUGUCAGUUUGUCUAUUGCUUAAAAGAAACUGUUGCUUUAAAUGAGAUUCUUAUAUGUUUGCAGAAACUUUGAUUUUAGUAGCAAUUAAGGAAGUUAGUCUAGCUUUACAGUAUUUCAUAGACUGUGGUUAGCUAGUAUCCUAUAGAAAAGGGAAGUCUAAAGUAUGUUGAAGGUAAAAGUAUAUUUUUAAUGUAACAGUCAUAAUCACAAGAUGCUGAGCUAAUUAAUUGGAAAUCCCCCAUAAGGGGAGUUUAUAAAUUAUAAUAUAUUCUGAUAUUUGAAAUGUAAUUGGUCUAUGUAUAUGAUUGGCUUGUUAAUUUGAGUAGAUCAUGUAAUGCUAUGAUGAAAGUAUAUAAGAUGAAAUCAACGUGUCAAUGUGCAGUUCAUGAUAUUCUUUUAUCGUGAGCCCUGUGAACUUCACAAUGCAAUAAAUCUA